ACACGGAAAGCUAGUAGCGCACCCAUGCAGAGCGCCGGCUGGGGGGCGGCCCUAACUGAGGCCCUGCCCCCGAGGGAGGGACCGCGCUGCAGGUAUUCGCAGGCGGGGGACAAGGAAACGCUGGCGGCUGCGGAGCCUACAGACCCAGGUAUAUAGAGUUCUGAAGAAGACAUCAUUCGCAUUGCCAAUGAGUGAGGUGUUCACAUUACAAAGCAAACAGGAGGAGAGAGACUCUGAAGGUGAAGAGGAUGACAUGACCUGUGGAGACUUGGGAAAUGGACUUGGUAGAAGACCUGGUGGUGUCUAUGAAAUGGAAGGUUUAAAUGUGCACACGUUUAGAUCUAGGAAAGGGUCUGAUAAGAUCUUCAGCCCGCUUCUGUUAAAGAAAGGGGAACAAAGUGAUGCUGCAAUUUUUCACUAUUCAAAAUGCAAUGGUUUAUAUGAUGUGUCAUCCAAAAAGCUUGGAAUAAGUGGCGUUACUAGAUGCAGCCGACAAAAUAGUUCUGAGUCUAAUUCUGACGUGUCAAAUGAAGAAUUAAGGCAACAACUUCAGGAGGCUAUAGAGGAGGUAGAGAUUUUAAAAGUAGAGCUUGAAGCAUCACAGAGACAACUUGAAGGAAAAGAAGAAGCACUUAAAAUUCUGCAAAAUAUGACAGUGUUUAAUAAAGCCACUAGUCAUACAAAAGCAAUGCUUCAAAAAACUGAGGAACAAAAGAGAGCUUUAGAAAAGGAAAUAAAUGCUUUGCAAUGGGAAAUUGAAUUUGAUCAAGAAAGAUUUAAAAACAUAGAAGAGACAUGGACAGAAAAAUGUGACAGGAUAUAUUGUGAAAAUGCAGCCCUUAAGGAAACAUUGAAACUCAGAACAGAUGAAGUUAGAACUCUUAAAUCUGAAAAUGCAAUUUUGAAUCAACAGCGCUUGGAGUUUCUUGCAAUGCUUGAUGUAAAACAACAGAAGAUUAUUCAGGAAAAUAUGUCCAUUAAUAAAAGUGGCUUUACAGAAAUUACAGGUCUUGAACUGGCGGUUCUUGGAGCCUGCACCUGUAAUGCUUCUGGAGGAGAGCCCUGUUCCUGUGCUAAAAUGUCAGCUGCAACUCGAAAGCAGCUCCUUCAGCUCAGACAAGAGUGUGAAGCUCUGAAGAAGAGUAAAGAAGAAGCGUAUAUAAUGGCAGAUGCCUUCAGAAUUGCGUUUGAGCAGCAGUUAAUGCAGAGGAAAGACCAGGCUUUGAGGCUCACACAAGUGAAUAAGAUCUGUAAAAAAGAAACAAAACUUAUAAACUGGAAACGCCUGAAAGAGGAUGGACUUGUGAAGUUGCAAGGGAACAAGAAAAAUCUGGGACAAAAGUUGGCGGGCAUGCUUAUUUCUGAUGCUGACUGCAGGAAAAUGGAAGAAUUGGAUAAUCCUCAUGAAAUCCUCAGGAUGCUAAUAGAUUUGCUGAAUGAUAAAGAAGAGGCUUUGGCUCAUCAAAGAAAGGUUAGUUAUAUGCUGGCUCGUGCAAUGGAGGGAAAAGAAGAUGCAUCAAAGCAGAGUAACAAAAACAAUCUUUCAGGAGAAAACAUUACUCUGAAGAACCAUCAGGAUACAGCUUCAGAAUCUCAAGAGUCAACUGAGCCUGAAUAUUCAUGUUGCCAAAAUCUUGGCUCUCAGGACAACACUUUCUCAAUUCUCAACACAAAAAUAUAUCAAAAAUCAGCAAGACCACUUAAAAAAUCACAUUCCUGGCCAUCCAGGAAUUUAAAAGAAAAUUAUGUGCAAGGGAUAGAUGAAACUACAGAUAUGAAUUGUACAUAUCAAGAGCACUCAGAAUUAAAAAAUAACUUGUGAUAGUGCCAAGGCACAAGUAAGCCUUGCAGGGCAUGUCCUAGGCAUCCCUAAAUUUAAACUCUAAUUCUGUAAUAAAAUUCCAGAAAAUCUGGUUUAUGAAAGAGGGGGACGGGGGGAGGGAUAGCUCAGUGGUUUGAGCAUUGGCCUGCUAAACCCAGGGUUGUGAAUUUAAUCCUUGAGGGGGCCACCUAGGGAUCUGGGGCAAAAUCAGUACUUGGUCCUGCUAGUGAAGGCAGGGGGCUGGAUUCAAUGACCUUUCAGGGUCCUUUCCAGCUCUAGGAGAUAGGUAUAUCUCCAUAUAAUUUAUUUUAACUACUUUUCUAAAGAACAUAUUUCAAUACUCGGGGUAAAAAUGUUAAGAUACUUAUUUUUUUAAUUAUGUUGUACUGUAUAAUCCUUUUUAGACUUUGUAAACUGUCUGUUUACUGUCUGCUUCUGUGUGUGCCUGCUACUAUGAAAAAAAGUCGGCCAAAAGCUUUUGGAAGGAUUGGUGUAUUAAUUAAUCAAGGUGGUUUGUUUUUGCUGUGGGGAUGGUUUUGCCUUUUACCUGUUCUUUUCCUCUUACAUCGGAUAACCAAAAUAAAGACUUAAAAAAACAUUUGAUUCUCUUCCAACUCUGCCGUGUGCUUAAAAAAAGGUAUAAGAAAUGUGUGGAAAACCAAGAGUCAUGCUGUGUUGUAUCUGUAGUUCAUUAAUUAACAUUAGCAAUGCUGGAUGCAUUUCAAAAUCCUGUAUGUAACACAUAGCAGCAAAGACCAUUCCAGAUUAAGUCCCAACAAAUAGCUUCGUGGUUUCAGUGUUUGUUUUGUUUUAUUAUUUAAAUUAUAAUUAUACCAGUGUUUUGAUACACCUUAUGAUUAGGGCCCUACCAAAUUCACAGUCUAUUUUGUUCAAUUUCAUGGUCGUAGGAUUUAAAAAAUAAUAAAUU